AUGAACAAUAAGAGAAAGAGUAUGGUGCACCUCCACUUGAGUCUGAACCAGGCUCCUCCUGAAUCUGAUGAAUCUAAAUCGAUGGUUGGGUUUCGGAAUCCGGACUUGCAGUUUGGGACAACGCAAAAAACUGGUGUGCUGUUGGAAGUCAGACCCGCGGGCCUUGGGCAUGAAGAAUUAUUUUCCAACACCUCUGGAAAUCAGCUCGAUGAUGAGGAUGAAGAAGUCGAGGCUAUCAAGCAGCAGAUCAAAUUCGCCAAACAGGAAAGCUUGAGUAGUACUCGUAACGCCUUAAGGAUCGCCAGAGAGGCCGAGGGAACCGCUCGUAAUACUAUGAACCGACUUGGGGAACAAUCUGACCGAUUGGCCAACACGGAGAAUCAUCUGGAUUUGGCCAAGGCACACGCCAAAGGCAAACGAGACGCACACGAGCAGAAAUUAACAUCAAGACACGAGGAGGAAAAGGCAGAGGACCGCAGAAACCUUGAAGGCUUUAGACAAGGGGGUCCAAAUCAACCGAAAGGAGCACUCGGAGGAUUACGGUCUAGAUUGGCCGAUAAGGCUCGGUGCCAAUUCGAGAACACCGAAAGUGACGACGAGUUGGAGGAUGAGUUGGACAACAACCUCGACGAGAUCUCUGGCUUGACCUCCCGCUUGAUGGGCACAGAGAUCGACUCCCAAAACCAUCACUUGGCCUUGAUUGAGUUUGUUGUCUUGACUUAUACAGCCUUAGACACUUUUGGCUUGGUUUAUCGCUUCAGAGCUUCUUUCAUCCUUUCUCAACUGAUUGUCCGAAGGGGGAAGAGGGAGUGGAGAGAGGCAGAAUAG